AUGAAGCCUCUCGGUUGAGAAACGGCAAUUUCUAGUGUUCAGCCUCCAUCUACAAUUUCGUAUGCCAUCACACGAACUGAGGAACCAAUAAGAUCGAUAGCAAAUAAUGGGAAUAAUAAGGAUAUGUAUAUAAAUGAAGAUGAGAUUAAACAGAAGCAAUACACAACAAACAACUCGAGUCAAGGUACCUUCCGUUCACAUAAUGAAAGAUUGGUACCAGAAUCGGGUAACAGAUGCGAAGGAUUUCAGAAAGAUACGAAAUCAGACGUGGAAUUCGGUCAGCUAGCACACAAGCUGCAGGCUAAGUUAAAACUAUUUAAUGGUGUCAACCGCAUUUCCACAUCAGGACGUCCUCGUAAACCUUCUCCUAUGCAAUUGCUCAGUUUCGGAAUUGCCUGGCCACAGCCCGACUUUGCAGCACGUCUUAUGCAGAUGAGUCUUGAACGUCAAAUGGCAGUGAGAGAAAACUUCGGCCUACGUGACUUCUACGCUCCCACUAGAUCAGAGAUUAUAAGGCACGAACUAUGUCGUCUUCAACUUGAUUCAUCUUGUUACGAAGAAAGUGAGUCACCUAAUGACCUUAAAUUGAGCAACAGGCUGCCAGAACAGCUUAUCGACUCCGCAGCUAAAAACGUAACUUCAUUAGCUUGGAUGACACCUGAAACAAAGAACAGAAUAAGAAAGAUUUGUAUGGAUGGACACAAUGCCCAAAUGCAAUAUAUCGACUCUGUAUCAAUUGAGGAAGAGGUAGCAGAUGGACUCCGCUGUCUUGUUCAGGAGGACUCAAAAAAGGGAUAG